GCGCUGUGUUUCUGCCCCCAGCUCAUGUGCUCCUCGGUGCAGAAGGCCCUGUUUGAGGAAGAGGACCACGUCAAGAAGCUGCAGCAGAAGGUGGCCACCCUGGAGAAGCGCAACAGGCAGCUCCGAGAGCGGGUGAAGAAGGUCAAGAGGUCUCUGAGGCAGGCGCGGAAGAACAGCCGCCACCUGGAGCUGGUCAAUCAAAAACUCAAUGAGAAGCUGGCGGGCGCAGGGGCUCAACAGCACCUCAAUGCCCUGCGCCGGGAGCCCCCGCGCGCCCCCUACCUGCACGGGUAGCGUGUGCAGGAGGAUGCAGGCCUGCCUUGUCUGUCCCCUGAGGGAAUAAAUGCGGGUUCCGUACACGCAUUUCAAACAGUAUAGGAGAUACCCAUUAGGCAUUUGGUGGAGUCUAACUGGGUAAAAUGACAAGUCUUACUUUCUUUCCCAUUGGGUGCUGGGCCUUACUGGCCACUCGGCUUCAGACCUUAUUGUAGGGCGUGUCCUUUUUCUGUCCUGGUGCCGCACAAAUACCUUAAAGCAGUAGGAUCCCCGAGUUCUGGGCCAUCUUGAGUCUGGCCUUCAGCCUCAAGAGUCUCUUCAUUGUGGAGAGAACAUUCUAGAGGAGAACGUACACGAAGAUAUCACGGGACUCUUUUUAUUUCAGAAGAGAGUCAGUGUGAGUCUCAGCAACCAGAGCUGGCACAAGCCUGCAUUUUGAAGAGACACCAUUUUACAGAGCCUUCCAGAAUGUCCUGCUGCAUUUGUCCACAGUUUUAGAAGCAGGGUGCCCACAUGCAAAUGUGUAGGGACCCCGAUUCCAGUCAGAAUUUCACUCAUGGCAUGUUAAGACUUAAUGAGUUCAUCACAGGCAAGGGAACUGAGUAGGGAACUGAGCGGCUGGUAAUUGGUAAAGGUAAAUUAUAUCAGUCAUCCAACCCCAGUCCUCCAGGGCUGACAUGAUACCCCAGGCUGCUUUAGUCUAAAGAGUAAUUGAUUUUGUGGACACGCUGUUUCAUGACGCUGGGAGUCAAGCUAGUAUCUUGUGCUUGUUAGAUAAAACUCGGCCCUACUGUACGUUUGAACCAGGCCUCUUUUAAUGGACAUGUAAGGAUGUUUUCAACCCUUGUUCCCAAAUUGGAAUUUAUCUCAGACACUGUAGAGUCUUAACUUGGUUUGCUCAGCCUGCCAUGCCUUUUGAGUUCAUGGUCAAUAACCCCAACACACUGAGAUUGUCCGCUCUGCAAAUUCAUCUCCCUGCCUGGUGGGAUUCAGUAAGGGCCGUCUUCCCACCCAGGAUCCCAAAGGGUGUUGUCUAGGUAUUCCAACCCAAGCUUCCACACAACCUCCAAACACCUAUCCCAGAAACACAAACAUACUCCCCUCCGGGUUCCCCACGAAAGGUCUGUGCAUGCCCUGAUAGAAGUAUUUGUGUAACAGUGCACUUUCUUAUAAUCAACUCUUUAACAAAAAGCUCUCUUUGGAAAGAACUUCGAGGCAGUUCAAUAAGAACGCGCUCACUGCCCUUCCCACUUAAGAUGGAUCGUGUCUCAGCUGUGCUAUUCAGAAGUCGGCUGAGUGGCUGCUGCUUCUUCUCUCCUGCUGAUGGCCCUCCAGACCAAAUGCCCUCCCAUGUUGUCCUCUCAAUAGAGAGAAUCCUUUGGCUCUCUAGUGUCUACCACCCAAAGCCCACUCCAGACGCAUGAGGCUGAUAAAGUGCCCAUUGCUGUCAUGUCACACUGCUAUCCUUGUGCUUUUUGGAAGACAGGGCACCUCUGUGAGAAGUACCUUGUAUUGUCUGAGCAUACAGUGCCCUUGGCUGGACUGGGCAUGAUGGGAACUUCUAUUCUGGGACCAAUCUUCCUCCACCCUCAGCCCCUUUAACAGUGCUGUUCCUAAUUUGCUACAUAGGUGUGCCUUCUCAUUAAUUCUCCCUGGGAACAUCUAAAUAAAGAGGUUCUGUUGCCUCCCAAGAGCAUGGCAAGCUUAGAGAUGACAGAGCCAGGACUCAGAGAACUGUGGAAGCCAAGAUGCGUUAUGUUCUGCUUUCCCAAUAAACAUGCGCCGUGGUUCCAACA